ACUGAAGUAGGUGCAGUGACUCUACACAGUUUGGUAGUGCAGCACUACACAAGGAAUUACGGUAGUCUGCAGCAGAGGCUGCUGGGAGCUGUUGAACUGCAGCAUGUUUUUGUGCUGAGAAGAGACCAGGAAGAAGUGUAGCCUAGAUAUGGAUUCUAAACGUGACUUUUUCCUCGGAGAGCAGAAAUUCAAAGAUUUUUGUAUGGAAUUCGUUAAACACUCACAGCAAAUAGGAGAUGGCUGGGAGUGGAAAACUGUGCAGGGGUCUGACGAAGGAUACAUAAGAAAAAUUUGCAACCAGAUGAAGCCUGUUAGUUCAGAAGCCAUUCAGCCUGUAGAAACCGAAGAUGAUGAAGAUAAAGCAUUAGCUAAUAAAACAGAGGAGGGUGAGGCGAUCGACUCUUCUGCAGUCCAGGUUGUUCAAGAUUCGGAAGUGAUCCGUUAUGAAUAUCAUGUGCUUUACUCCAUUAGCUACCAAGCUCCCGUGCUCUAUUUUAGAGCAAGCUUUCUCGAUGGAAGACCUCUAACUCUGGAGGAGGUGUGGCAAAGCGUUCAUAACUGCUAUAGACCUCGAUUAUUACAUGGGCCAUGGGAAACAAUCACACAGCAAGAGCAUCCAAUUCUGGGGCAACCAUUUUUUGUGCUUCAUCCAUGUCGGACCAAUGAAUUCAUGUCAUCAAUCAGAAAUGGAAAUUACGUUACAUCCUGGUUAAGCACAGUGGGCCCUGUGGUUGGGCUAACUCUGCCACUAAGUUAUGGAAAAGCCAUGUAAAGGUACAUUCGAAACUUUUACUUUUGGUAUUUCUUAUU